CAGUUCCCUGUGGUGUGGCAACUUCAGAGAUAAGCUACAUCAGCAGUUAAUUAGAACUGUUGCGUAGCCUAUUUAAGAAAAUGAACAGUUAUACUUUCAGCAAGCCUUUAUCUGACUCUGCGAUAAUUUUACCUAUAGGCCUGGUGGAAUGCUGACCAUCCGAAUCUUUCUCUCAGUCUUUUCCGCUAUUUCCGUCACAUGACGGAAAUCACAGUAAGCUACAGAGCAAAAAUUCUGCCCUUUCAGCCGCAUGAAUUAUAAUGGAGUAUUUUCCCAAAGCUGCAAAGAAAAGACAGGGCAACGUUUAAUUACUUCAGGCUACUCUAUUAAAUAUCCUCCUGAAAGACGCAACAAUUGAUCGUUGCAAGAGUUGCAGCCGGCUACUUCGGGAACUGCGCUCAUCCUGGAAGAGAAUUUCAUUCCAGCUGUUCGCGUGCUGACUUUGAGGCGUCACCUCGGUAGCUCAUGAGAUAACUUUGAAAAAGUGCUUAAGAGUAGGCUAGAGCUGUUAUUGUGCAGCCUGAAGAAUGUCUACGACCGGGAAGACCGAAAAAGUAGAGUCCGAGGCUGCAGAGGACCAUGGGGCUAACGGUAACUCAGAUGUCGAUUCCAAGACAAAAUAUGACUUUGACCUUGCAGCAGUGUAUGUCUCAGAUGCCCAAUACAAUAGGAACAUCUUCUUUGAUGCCUCUCCGCAAGCAGUCAGGCUCUAUAAGUUUUACAACCACUGGGGCUUGCAAGUCCUUAUCUAUCUCUUCAUAAUUGUGGACCUAGGGCUAGCUGCGUUUGAAGAGCCUGCAUUGAUUCCUGAUAUGCCAAUAUGGGCCUCCUCCAUUGUUGAGCUCAUAUGCCUAAUGGCUUUCACAGCUAGACUCACUCACUAUGCUAAAGUCAUUCCCCGUGAGAAGUUCUGGCUGGACCCGAAGAACAUUUUUAUCAUUGUCAUCAUUUCACUCUCUCUGAUUGAUAUGAUCAUAUAUGUGGGUUUGAAAACUGCUGGACAUUUUGGAGUUCGUUGGUCCAGAGUCCUCAGACCUCUUCUGCUUGUAAACAUUACAGAGGGUCGACAGCUGCGUCGGGCAUUCCGGAGCAUUCGUAAUGCCCUGCCACAGAUCUUUUAUGUCUUCCUCCUGUUCAUGUUCAGUGUGCUAAUGUUCUCCCUCAUGGCCCUGAAACUGUUUGGCAAAAGGGGUCUUGAAACAGUGGAAGGAAUCAAGUAUUUUACCAACUACUUGGAGAUUGUCUUUGAUCUUUAUGUUUUAGUCACCACUGCCAACAGCCCAGAUGUCAUGAUGCCAGCAUACAACUACAGUAGUUUCUUUGCUAUUUUCUUCAUUGUGUAUAUCCUCAUAAACACCUAUAUUUUCAUGUCGGUCUUCCUUGCGGUUGUAUACAACAACUACAAAAAAUACUUAAAGGAGGAAGUACGGCAGCUUGUGAAAGCCAAAAGGAGGAAGAUGUUGCUGGCCUUUUCUGUGCUUCAACAGUUUGGUCUGGGGCAAGAACCAGUGGUGAGCAAGGCCCAUUGGAACCAGCUGGUGUGUUUGGUCCAGCCUGGCAUCAGCAGUGCCCACAGAGAGCUUCUGUGGAGUGUCUUUGAUGACAACAACAAAGGUUACAUAGGAAAGUUGGAGUUCAUCCAGCUUCCAGAUCUGCUGAAUAUCCAGGUUAUUACAAUGAAGACCCGGCCACACCCACUGAAAAGAUGGUUCCCUGCUGCUUAUGACUCCAGCACUAGCCGUUUUGUCCAACGUGUAGUGCAGCACAAGGGGUUUGUCUACAUCUAUGACCUCAUCAUCCUGGUCAACGCAGUGUUCAUUGGCCUAGAUGAAGAGAACCCACUCAUAUCGAAUGCAGAAUGGGUCUUCCUGGCCCUAUACCUGGUGGAGAUCCUGCUGAAGCUGUACAUAUGUGAGCCACGAGCCUUUUUCUCCAGACAUGAGUUUUGGAACUGGUUUGACACAAUCAUUGUUGUAGCUGCUCUGAUCGCCACCAUUUUUAACUGGGCUCUGAGUUCCUCUGGAGGUUAUACCAGCCGGCAGAUCCUGGAUAUUGUGUUCAUCCUGCGUGUUCUCAGGCUUAUACGUGUGGUAGACAGCAUCAAAAGAUUUCGAACAAUUAUAAACACUCUCAUCAAAAUUGGGCCAACGAUUCUCACAUUUGGCCAGCUUAUAUUGGUGGUUUACUACAUAUUUGCCAUGGUUGGUAUGGAGUUGUUCAAGGGCAAAGUACGUUUUUUACCGCCUGACUCCACAGACCCACAGAAGGAGUAUUGUGGAAAUCUCCUUCUGAAAGGGACAGCCUUUGCUAAGAACAAUUACUGCAAGAAUAAUUUCAACAAUGUUGUGUCUUCUUUCAUUCUGCUACUGGAACUCACUGUAGUCAACCAGUGGCAUGUAUUGGCAAGUGGAUUCACAGCUGUUACCCAUGUUGCAGCACGAAUCUAUUUUGUGGUUUUCCACAUUGUGGUUGUUAUCAUCAUCAUCAACAUUUUUGUGGCUUUUAUUCUCGAAGCCUUUUUUGUUGAGUACACCGUGGACAAAAGUGUCUUACAGACGUCUUUAGAGGAGAAAAUUGAAGAACUGGAGCUAAAUGUUUCCUCGGAAGCAGAUGGUAACUUGGGGGACGCCAUGGAAACAAUUGAUAAUGACUUGGGAUCCUCUCAGACACCAAAGGAAAGACCUUCACUCAUGUUCAGAAUUGCUUCAAAAAGAUAUAAAACAGUGGAUGGCCUGUUGCAGAGGAUGUUUGAAGCAGACCUUACUCUGGACGACAUUGAUGAACAGGAUGAAAAUCCAACCUUUGCAAAUCCAGUCUUUGGCUCUGUAUAACUAGUACUGAAAGGGAAUGAACAAAUAUGUCAGUUAAGCAUUUAUUUUUCCAAAAAUACAUUGUAAAUGCAUAUUUUUGCAACAUAUAUUUUUGAAAGAGACUAAAUUUCUUGAAUGUACAGCAUGUAAACCAAAUGUCAACCACUAUAUACUAACAUAUGUCAACUGUUUGUAUUAAUGAUUUUUGUAUUGGUUGUCAGCAGACAACUUUAUAAAGCACAAUGCCAAAACUUUCCAUGUUAUAUUUUGAAUAAUGAUAAACAGUCAACAGUAAACAGUGAUAAAUAAUGGGCUUGAAUGGGCUGCACCAGUAGUAGUCUUUGAAUGUUGUUUCAUUUUCCUUAACUCAAGUGCCAUGUGUUUUUAAAUGAACAAU